GUUCCUGCCCUAACUGUCAGAUCCCCAGAUUCUCACCGGUUUAUAUUCUUCUCAAUAGUGUCUUUGACAAAACAUGUAGAAGGUGCCCCCCAUCCAGAAUGUGACUAAUUUUUUUAGAAACAAAAUAAAAGUACCCAUAUAAUGUAGCAACAGGUCUGCCUUUCUCUGCCCAAGUUCCCAAGGUAUAUAAUUGAACCUCGAAUGAUCAUGUCUGCACAACCCAAUCAACUUUCUGUGCAUCUUUACUAGUAUGUUUUAGCCGAGUGGACAAUUCCAGCAGGUUUGUUAAUUGCAGGAUACCUGCCAAACCAAGAAACAAAGUUUUCUCAUUCCCGAAGGAAGAUAAACUUACACAUUCUCCAAAAAAAGGGUCCAAAUUUUUAAUCAAAAUGGAAAACUUACCACCAGUCCCUAGUUCUUGGGUGUCUGCUCAGGGAAGGCACCUCAAGGGUCGGAGGCAAAUUCAUUCCUCAGAAAUCCUUCUUCUCAUCGUCCGUACAGCUCAGUGGUCGGGUCUUCUUGAAGCUGUGCAUGAAUCCAACCGUCUGCCAAUCGAAGUAGUUCUGGCACCAAACGGAGAACAGCGUCUGGAUCCUGAAGGGAGCCUCUAUCCCCAGUUUCCGACCCCACCCGAAUUAAGUCCAGAAACCGAGAAGCAACGCCACCAAAACAAAGAAUUUAGCCAUUGAAGCUCAAAUUCAACGCCUGAUUGCAAAUGGGUAGUACCCAAAAGAUCUAGAUUUCAUGAGGAUAGCGUAAUUGCUUGAAAGUCAGACUCACAACAACUCUACUUUUGCCAUUCUUUUGCAGCGAGAAAGAGAAAUGCACCCAGAAAAAAAUACGGUCGAACGUUGUGAUUGUUUUAGAAAUACUACAGGUUGCAUAAAUUUUCAGGCGAACG